CAUCAGGGAUGGGGGCGGGGUGUGCGGCGGAAGCGCGCGGUGCAGGCCGGGCCGGUGGCGCGUGCGCAGUGUGGGUUGCGGGGGGAAGAUGGUGCUCAUCAAGGAAUUCCGAGUGGUUUUACCCUGUUCCGUGCAAGAGUACCAAGUUGGGCAACUUUAUUCCGUGGCAGAAGCUAGCAAAAAUGAAACAGGAGGUGGAGAAGGAAUUCAAGUCUUAAAAAACGAGCCUUAUGAAAAGGAUGGCGAAAAGGGACAAUAUACUCACAAAAUCUAUCAUUUAAAGAGUAAAGUUCCUGGUUUUGUACGGAUGAUUGCUCCAGAAGGCUCUCUGGUGUUCCACGAGAAGGCUUGGAACGCGUAUCCCUACUGUAGAACAAUUGUGACAAAUGAAUACAUGAAAGAUGACUUCUUCAUAAAAAUUGAGACUUGGCAUAAACCAGAUCUGGGGACGUUAGAGAACGUGCAUAAUUUAGAUCCAAACACGUGGAAGAGUGUUGAAGUCGUCCAUAUUGACAUUGCAGAUAGAACUCAAGUAGAACCAGGAGACUACAAAGCUGAUGAAGACCCUGCGUUAUUCCAGUCGGUUAAGACGAAGAGAGGACCUUUGGGGCCAAAUUGGAAGAAGGAGCUCGCAACCGAUGAGGAGUGUCCGAAAAUGUGUGCUUACAAGUUGGUGACCAUCAAAUUUAAAUGGUGGGGACUGCAGAACAAAGUUGAAAACUUUAUACAAAAGCAAGAAAAAAGGAUAUUUACCAACUUCCAUCGCCAGCUGUUCUGUUGGAUUGACAAGUGGAUUGAUCUGACCAUGGAAGACAUUAGGAGAAUGGAGGAUGAAACCCAAAAGGAGCUGGAAGCGAUGCGUAAGAAGGGUUCCGUUCGAGGCACUUUGGCUGCUGACGUCUAGAGGAGUUCUCUGUAGGUUCUGAGGCAAAUCAAGCUGUUUACGUAAUCAAGGCCAAGUCAGAGGAACAAGUGCUGCCAAUGAUGAAUGAUGAUGGAUUUCACCGUCACAUGCAGUGUUGAUAUACAAACGUGUGUGUGGAUGCAUGAUUAUUUGUAUAUAAUUAUAUAUACGCACAUGCAUACGGAAGGGGGUUGUUACAGUGUCUCCAGGGUACUCUGCCUGCCCUCAGCAGCGAUUCCAAGGAAACUGCUUUCAUUAUGUAUACCUGAAACAAAUAAAAAUCAACUGAGUAGUGUCAUUUAAAGGAUGAAUUAACUGCAGAAUUAUGCUAACUGGUAUGUUUCAUGAAUGUCAAUACUGGACCAAUUGAUUCCCUACUUGAUUUUUUUCCCUGUCUCGAGUCACUUUGCUAGAACUUGCCCAGGUCUCAUUGUAAAGAAACGGACUCCAGUAAGUUAAAUUCAAUUUUGUGUCUUCCCUACUUGAUUAUUUUUGGAAUAGGAACAAUGAAUGUAUUUAUAGCUAUUUAUUUCUGGAUUGUCAUUAUCCUGUAGUCAAAUCGGAACAAAAUUUGUAGGCAGAAAUCGGAAGACUUUUACUCUUGAAUAAGUUUAACCCAAACUUUACCCAUUCACUGACUUAAAAGAAAAAAAAAAUCGUGUUUUAUCAGACUUUUGUACAUUGAAAUGCUAAUGGUUUUUUCUUCAUUAAAAUUGGCAAGAUUAAGGAAAAACGGCUUGUGAUUUAUAAAAUAAUUGCAAACUGAUGUUUUCUAGAAGCUAGUGUUUUAGGCAAAGGUGCUGACAAUACUUAUAGAAUAUUUCUUGUGUCUCCUGGGCCUUGCAGUGACGGGAAGGGGGCGAUAGCCCUUUCCUGCAGGAACGCUUCCUUUCUAUAAAAUCCCUGUUCUCCAGAGUUUCACUUUGGAAGCUAUGCAAAUGGUCUUGAUUUCACACACAUUACGCAAUGGGAUAUAAUUGUGAUCUUUAGCUCUUUUCAUGUUGAAAAUACAUUUUAAAAGCGAUGUAUACUUUCAGAUCUGAUGAAAGUUUAAAUCUGAUGUUUCUCUGAUAUUUGUUAAUAGAUGCAGACAGGACGAUGUACUAAAGGCCUCCUGUAGAUAGCGCUCCAGUAGGGAAAAUGUCUCCGGUGGUUUUAAGGAUCUAUUCAGAGCGUAUCAUAGAUAUAUAUUAUCAAAAUGCUUGCUAGAUCAGAAACAAAUUAUUUUAAAGAUGCUUGUUAGAUAAAAUUCUAUUAAUGCCUGGUUUCCUCCUAGUGUCCCCAGAAAACCCAGUGGGGCAAGCCAUGCUUGAGCUUUUGUCUCCAUUGUCUCCCAGAUAGUUUGGAAUCGUUGGACCUGCUUUGCUUACAGAAGGAGGGAUCUGAUUUCCAUUAUGGGCAGUGACAAAGUUUUCCGAAGCUCCCAGGUCUGCCGUACGGCUUGCCCUGCUGGCACAUGGGUCUGCUGCGUGCCCGGCACCAUGCAUCCUCCAGGCUGUGGGCGUUCGGACCUCUCGUUGCUGUGAUUUCACCCUCCUACCCUCUGCGCUGCAAUAUUAAUUUCAGUUUUGUUUCCUUUCUGGAUUCGCAGUUAAACGGUUGUUUGUACUCUGUACCAUCGGGAGACUGGGUUUGGGAAUAUCCAUGGAGACACGCGCACGCAGACACACACGUGUACGAUUUUAACAGCGUGUGCAGCCAGGAGGGCAGCUGCACGCCGGGAACCCAAGGGCUCUGUUCUUUCUUCCGUGCUGGAAUACAAGUCCCACUGUCAUUAAUGUGAGCCGUUACACAAACUGAGGGAAAGGGACCCUACAACUCUCAUGGUUUUGGACUAGUUGUGAAAAUUGGAGAGAAUCUUGUAGUGAAUGUAAAAUGUUUCGUUUCCUUUGGCAGUCUCUGGUGUGACCUACAGCAAAACAGUCAAUGACAUUUAAUUAAAUAAAUUUGAUC